CGGGACGCCAAAACCCAGUCCCCGUGAGCCGAGCCCCGCAAAACGUCCGCAGCCCGGCGCCACGGCAGCAUGAGCGCGCGCGUCCACGCCCUCGGCCUCCUCCUGCUGCUGCUCUUCCCGGCGCAGGUAUUUGCACAGUCCUGCGUUUGGUAUGGAGAGUGUGGAAUUGCAUCUGGAGAUAAGAGAUACAAUUGCAGAUACUCUGGGCCACCAAAACCGCUGCCAGAGGACGGGUAUGACCUCGUGCAGGAGCUCUGCCCAGGCUUCUUCUUCGGCAACGUCAGCCUUUGUUGUGAUGUCCAGCAGCUUCAGACUCUGAAAGACAACCUGCAGCUGCCUCUGCAGUUUCUGUCCAGGUGUCCAUCCUGUUUUUAUAACCUAAUGAACCUGUUUUGUGAGCUGACAUGUAGCCCUCGACAAAGUCAGUUUCUGAAUGUCACAGCAACUGAAGAUUACGUUGAUCCUGUUACAAACCAGACAAAAACAAAUGUGAAAGAAUUACAAUACUAUGUUGGAGAGAGUUUUGCCAAUGCGAUGUACAAUGCCUGCAGGGACGUGGAGGCCCCCUCGAGUAACGACAAGGCCCUGGGCCUGCUGUGCGGGAGGGAGGCCGAAGCCUGCAACGCCACCAACUGGAUCGAGUACAUGUUCAACAAGGACAACGGCCAGGCUCCUUUCACCAUCACACCCAUCUUUUCAGAUCUUCCAACACAGGGGAUGGAGCCCAUGAACAAUGCCACCAAGGGCUGUGACGAGUCUGUGGAUGAGGUCACGGGGCCAUGCAGCUGCCAGGACUGCUCGCUGGUGUGUGGCCCCAAGCCCCAGCCCCCGCCCUCUCCUGCUCCCUGGAGAAUCCUGGGCCUGGACGCCAUGUACGUCAUCAUGUGGAGCACCUACAUGGCCUUCUUGGUUGUGUUUUUUGGAGCAUUUUUUGCCGUGUGGUGCUACAGGAAACGGUAUUUUGUCUCCGAGUACACCCCCAUUGAUGGCAAUAUAGCUUUCUCUGUAAAUGCCAGUGACAGAGGGGAGGCGUCCUGCUGCGACCCUCUGGGGGCCGCGUUUGAGGGCUGCCUGAGGCGGCUCUUCGCGCAGUGGGGCUCCUUCUGCGUCCGCCACCCCGGCUGGGUCGUGUUCCUGUCGCUGGUCUUCAUCAACGCCUGUUCGUCGGGCCUGGCGUUCGUGCGGGUCACCACCGACCCGGUGGACCUGUGGUCAGCCCCCGGCAGCCAGGCGCGCCGGGAGAAGGAGUACUUCGACGCGCACUUCGGGCCUUUCUUCCGCACAGAGCAGCUCAUCAUCCAGGCCCCGCACAGCCACCCGCACACCUACGAGCCUUACCCCUCGGGGUCCGACGUGCCCUUUGGGCCCCCGCUUGCCGUAGACAUUUUACACCAGGUUCUUGACUUACAAACAGCCAUCGAAAACAUUACUGCAUCUUACAACAACGAGACUGUGACGUUUCAGGACAUCUGCGUGGCCCCCCUCUCGCCAUAUAACAAGAACUGCACCAUUCUUAGUGUGUUAAAUUACUUCCAGAACAGCCACUCUGUGCUGGACCACGAAGUAGGGGACGACUUCUUCGUGUACGCGGAUUACCACACGCACUUCCUGUACUGUGUCCGGGCUCCUGCCUCUCUGAAUGACACAAGUUUGCUGCACGAUCCUUGCCUGGGGACGUUUGGUGGGCCGGUGUACCCGUGGCUCGUGUUAGGAGGCUAUGAUGAUCAAAACUACAAUAACGCCACAGCCCUUGUGAUUACCUUUCCUGUCAAUAAUUACUAUAACGAUACAGAGAAGCUGCAGAGGGCGCAGGCCUGGGAAACAGCGUUUAUUAACUUUGUGAAAAACUACAAGAAUCCAAAUCUGACCAUUUCUUUUAAGGCUGAGCGAAGUAUUGAAGAUGAGCUAAAUCGUGAAAGUAACGGUGACAUCGUCACUAUUCUAAUCAGCUAUGCCGUCAUGUUUUUAUAUAUUUCCAUAGCCUUGGGGCAUAUCAAAAGCUGGCGCAGGCUUCUGGUGGACUCUAAAAUCUCGCUGGGCGUCGCGGGCGUCCUGAUGGUGCUGAGCUCGGUGGUGUGCUCCUUGGGCAUCUUCAGCUACGCUGGGGUCCCCCUGACCCUCAUUGUGAUAGAGGUCAUCCCGUUCUUGGUGCUGGCCGUUGGGGUGGACAACAUCUUCAUUCUGGUCCAGACCUACCAGAGAGAUGAACGUCUUCAAGGGGAAACCCUGGACCAACAGCUGGGCAGGGUCCUUGGGGAAGUGGCUCCGAGUAUGUUCCUGUCGUCCUUCUCAGAGACGGUAGCGUUUUUCUUAGGGGGCCUGUCCACGAUGCCGGCCGUGCACACCUUCUCCCUGUUCGCGGGGAUGGCGGUUUUCAUCGACUUCCUCCUGCAGAUGACCUGUUUUGUGAGUCUCUUGGGGUUGGACAUUAAGCGUCAGGAGAAGAACCGGCUGGACGUCCUGUGCUGUGUGGGAGGGCCCGCGGACGGGGGCAGCGUCCAGGCCUCGGAGAGCUGCCUGUUCCGCUUCUUCAGAGACUCCUAUUCUCCACUUCUGCUCAAGGACUGGAUGCGGCCGAUUGUGAUAGCAAUAUUCGUGGGUGUCCUGUCAUUCAGUAUCGCGGUCCUGAACAAAGUGGAAAUCGGAUUGGAUCAGGCUCUUUCAAUGCCAGAUGACUCCUACGUGAUGGAUUAUUUCCAGUCCCUCAGUCAGUACCUGCACGCCGGCCCGCCCGUGUACUUUGUCCUGGAGGAAGGGCACGACUACACGUCUCUGCGCGGGCAGAACAUGGUGUGCGGGGGCACCGGCUGCGACAACGACUCCCUGGUGCAGCAGAUCUUCACUGCCGCUCAGCUGGACAACUAUACCCGAAUAGGCUUUGCGCCCUCGUCCUGGAUCGACGACUACUUUGACUGGAUUAAGCCCCAGUCGUCUUGCUGUAGAGUCUACAACAGCACGGAUCAGUUCUGCAACGCGUCAGUGGUUGACCCUGCCUGCGUCCGCUGCCGGCCUCUGACUCCGGAGGGCAAACAGAGGCCUCAGGGCGGAGACUUCAUGCGAUUCCUGCCCAUGUUCCUUUCUGAUAACCCGAACCCCAAGUGCGGCAAAGGGGGACACGCCGCCUACAGCACAGCUGUUAACCUCCUCGGCAACGGCACGGGCGUCGGAGCCACCUACUUCAUGACCUACCACACAGUGCUGCAGACCUCCGCCGACUUCAUCGACGCCAUGAAGAAAGCCCGCCUCAUCGCCAGCAACAUCACCAGGACCAUGGGCCUCGAAGGAAGUGGUCAUCAUGUGUUCCCUUACAGUGUGUUCUACGUCUUCUAUGAACAGUACCUGACGGUGGUCGAUGACACAGUCUUUAACCUCGGCGUGUCCCUGGGAGCCAUCUUUCUGGUGACCGUGGUUCUCCUGGGCUUUGAGCUGUGGUCGGCGGUGAUCGUGUGCGUCACCAUCGCCAUGAUCCUGGUCAACAUGUUUGGCGUCAUGUGGCUGUGGGGCAUCAGUCUGAACGCAGUUUCUUUGGUCAACUUGGUUAUGAGCUGCGGCAUCUCCGUGGAGUUCUGCAGCCACAUCACCAGAGCAUUCACAGUCAGCACCAAGGGCAGCCGCGUGGAGCGGGCGGAGGCGGCGCUCUCCCACAUGGGCAGCUCGGUAUUCAGCGGGAUCACACUAACAAAAUUUGGAGGCAUUGUGGUGUUGGCCUUCGCCAAAUCUCAAAUUUUCCAGAUAUUUUACUUCAGGAUGUAUUUAGCUAUGGUCUUACUGGGAGCCACUCACGGGUUAAUAUUCCUCCCUGUCUUACUCAGUUACAUAGGACCAUCAGUAAACAGAGCCAAAAGUUUAGCGACGCAAGAGCGAUACAAAGGCACAGAGCGAGAGCAGCUCCUCAACUUCUAGCUCCCCACCCACCCCCGGGGCUCGGGAGACUGUGUCUGUGGGGCGGUCGGUCACCCCCGGACUGUGGCUGUGUCGUCAAGGCCCGGUUGAACCCUGGAUGUGACCAGACAUCAGGCUAGUUAACAGUAGCUUCGGCCAUAGCGCUUUUAAACUCAGGAAUGCAGACUCGGACUGGGGAAGCAGUAUUACUGGACCUGAAGGCAGCCCGGGACCCGGGUGCGUCUUCGGUUCUCGGGCACACGGACCAGGCGCUGAGGGAGGCUGGCAUCUGCUCACUGACACUUUCUAAAGGCCAAUCAAUGCAACGUUUCUCCUUUUCUAGGAGCAAGCCAUCACCCAAGUUCUAUACCACAUUUUUAGUAACAUUGGAAGAUUGUCAUAGAUAUUCUUUAUUACAACAUUUUGUAGUUUAAAGAGCUUUAUUAAUGCAAUAAAUUAACUUUAUACAUGUUUUUAUAUAUAUAUAUAUAAAAAAAACUAGCAAGUGACCUCAGAACGUUGCAGGCCUCAUGAGAGCUUGGUCUCCAAAAACUUGUUUGAAAAAAGCAACAUGUUCUUCACAGUGUUCUCCUGUAAAGGGAGCGAGAGAAUGAACACGCUGCAGCGCGCUGCAGUGUACAGUGGGUUUUAACUUAUUUUUCUUUCAUAAAAUACUUUGUUUCCCUAA